AUGACGGUAAAGGAGAAAUCAAUAGGAACACGGCCAAAAAAAGAGAACCAUUCACUGUCUUCUCACCCUUACCUUUAUUGUUUUAACUUUAUUUUUUUCAGGUUAAUUAACGAAUUAUGGAGCCGGGAAAGCUGAAGGUUGGCUUUUAUUGGAUAUGGCCAUUUGGGUACGCUCUUUAUUUAUUAAAAAAAUCAAUAUUUUCUUGUAAUAAUUAUAAAAUGAACUUCAAAAAAACAUAAAAAAAUGUGUUUUCAACAGGUCUCUCAACUUUUCGGGUUUGAAAUUUCACAUAAUUUGUAGAAAACCACAAACAUCUUUUUUUUCCUGUUUUUCUUCCAUUUUUCAUACAAAAUAUUUCGAAACAUCGAAACUUUGCAACAUUUAUCAGAAGAAAAUAUAAUAAUCAACAAAAAUAAACAUGAUCCAUAAAAAAAGCAUCAAAAGAAAAAAUUCUUUAUUAAUUUUCUUAAUUCGCGAUCGUCUUUAAAGACUUUUCUAACUUCCAUUUAUUUCCAGAAAAGAUAAAGUUUACAAGCUUUCAAGCAAACAAAAAGCAAAAGUGUAGCGAAAUAUUGUAAUGAAGGAUAUAAAGAAAGGGAAAGCUCAGCGUAAUCACGUUCAUGCCUCAAUAACGGGUUGCGGCACGAUUUUGUAGGCGUGGCCAGGGCUUAAUUCUCCCUCAAAAUGGAUUUGACAACCGAAAGUUGGCAUGAAAAACACCAAUUUGCAGGUAAAUUUCUGAUUGAAAAACUACGAGAACGACCGGACGAAUAUGAAGUUGUGAAAGUGUGGAACCGGACACGUGAUAGCGAGAAUGGAGUGGAAAGCUUGGAAAACAUCGAUGCGGGGGCGCUUAAGUGAGUUUCAGAAGAAAAAAAAGACGGAAUUAUGAAAGAGAAAAAAAAAACGGAAAAAAAAUGAUAAAAGAGUUUAUUUUUCUCGUUUUUUUCAAAGUUUUUGAGCAUAAAAUUAGAAUUUUCUUUAAUCCGAAAUUAUUACCUUAAACUAUUUAAAUGAAAAUUUGAAAAUAAAUAAUGGCUCGAUCAAAAUGAAACUCGUUCUGAAAUGUAAAAAAAAAGCUACAAAAAAAAUUUAGUACUUUUUCUAAGCAAAUCUGAGGCGUCAAUGAACUCACUUUUGCGUUUUGAAACAUUUUCCGUUUCUUCGACGCCAAAAAUUAUAAAAAAAAUUUUUUCGAAAAAAGAAAAAAUUAUCUCGAUAGAUACUCCGCGCAACAGUGCGUUGGAGCUAACUUUCCUCGAAAAAAAUGAAAUUAAUUAUUUUUUUCAAAUAAUUGUUCGUUUUUGAACUAAUUUUUGGCUCAUUUCACCGUUAUUUUGUCGCAAAAAAAUGGCUUUCAAGAUACCAGUAAACUUGAUUAUUUCGAAUAUUACUUAGAUUGAAGAUUAUUUUUGUCUUUUUGGCAAAAAUUAAAAGUUUCGAAUCGGGAGAAGUGAGUGGUAUUUUCGACCUAAUAAAAUUGAAAUUAUGACUCAAAAUGAUUUUUGAAGAUCCCUGGACCUCGUUAUCGAAGUCGCUCACCCAAAUAUCAUCGAAACCUACGGUGAACUUAUUCUGGAACAUGCUGAUUUAUUUGUCAGUUAUACGCGUUGAAAAAAAACUAUCUUGUUAAAGAUCGGCUCGCCAACAUGUCUGGCAUCACAAGACCUUCUCGACAAGCUGACGAAAAAAUCAUUGGCUUUGAAAAGAAAAGUUUUGGUGCCGGCCGGCGCUUUUUGGGGCGCAAAUGAUAUCCGAAAAAUGGCUGAUCUCGGCAGUUUGAAGGUUGAAUCACUAUUUUUGGUUGUUCGGAAAAGUGACCUCUUAAGGGUUUAACAGUGACGAUGACCAAGCACCCAUCUUCCUUCAAGUUGAACUCUCCGCUUAAGGAAAUCAAUGAGGAGGCGAAAAAGGAGACUGAAAAAGCCACGGUCCUUUUUGAAGGUUUUUUCUUGUUUGCUAGGAAAAAUAUCAAAUCCAGAGCAAAUUUUCAUGCUUUUGAAAAAAAUAAAAACCUCAGAAAAAUUUCGGUUUUUACAAGAAAUUUAUCAGAAAGACGGAAAUUUCUAGCGUUUUUUUAAGUCGAAAAAAAUUAAGAAUUGGAAAAAAAUUUUUUUUUGAAUUUUAACCUUGUGCCGUUGACGAAAAAGCCAAAACCGAAAAAGCCCAAAUAUUUUGUCAGGUACUUGAAACCGUAAGGUUGUAUAAAUAGACGUAAAAACAAAGAUUUUUUUCUGACUUUUUAAAAAAUCAAAAAUUUUUUUUCCAAUUAAAUUUAACUUCAAAUGGAAGGUACUGUCCGAGAUUUGUGCCCUUUGGCUCCAAACAACGUGAAUACGAUGGCCGGAGCCGCGAUUGCCGCGUCAAAUCUCGGAUUUUACGGAGUCGUCGCCCGACUUGUCAGCGAUCCUAAGUGAUUUUUGCUCGGUGAAAAAAAAAAGUUAUUUUUGAACUUUAGAAUGACCGACUGGCACAUUGUUGAGGUCAAGGUUGAAGGACCGGACGGAUUUGAGGUGGGCAAAAAAAUAUUGAAAUGAACAUUUUUUUCUUUUUGUUAUGAUUAAAAAAAUUUCUUCUUUCCUAUAAAAAAAGCUUUUUUUCUUUAUAAAAAAAUAAUCUUUCAAUUGAUUUAUUUUUUUAUUUAAUUUCUUCUCAAAAACCUUUUUUUCUUGUCUUAAAAAAAUUACUACCGCUCAAAAAUUUCGAUUAGGUAAUAAAGGGUUAAGGUAAACCAACUUAAGUAUAAAAAAAUAUAAAUUAUCGACUUUUCAGCUUCAUGAAUGGUCAAGAAAUGUCAGAAAAAUUUUUUUUUGCAAAUUUUCAGCAAAAAUGAUUGAAAAACUAGAUGAAAAUUGGAAAAAAACGCUUUUUAGUUACCUUUGCGCUUUCAGUAUUUUCAUAUAAACCAAUAAAAAAACUAAUGUCAACCGUUUCGCUAUCAGAUCCCCGCAAUCAUAAAAAAAUUUUGUAUUGAUCGAUUUCGGAUCAUUUAUGGCGUUUGCAAAAUAAUUUCCGUGGAACUUAGAAUUAUGUCUGAAACUCCAAAAUGUAGUUAUCUUUUUCACUCUCUGAGGUAUUUUUUGAAUUACGCAGAAUCACUUUGAACACGGCAUGAGGCAGAAGAAGAAGUGAAAAAUCACAUCCAAAACGAUGACAAAUGAACAAAAUGAGAAACAGGAAUCAUAAAAAAAAAUUGAUUUUCUCCAAAAUUCAGGUAACAACGGUCAGAAAAAAUCCGGCGAAGCCAGGCGCGGUCACCGGUCAACUGACAUAUUAUUCAUUCUUUUCCUCGAUCCAAGGUAAUUUUUAGGAAAGAAAAAAUUUAUUUAUAACCACGAAAAAAUCAAUAAAAUUCAUUCAAUAUGGCAAUGUAGAGAAGUCUUUUUGAUAGUUCAUUCAUCAUUUUGUUUAAAUAGAUUUUUGGAAAAAGACUGAAACAGUAAUGGUUGCUUGAAUCUUUGAAAUAUCUCAUUUAGGAACGCCAGAGUGGUCCCUAGAGGGGUUGGGGAAAAAAUAAAUGCUUCCUAGAGGGUUAAAAUUAAGGUGGUCCGUAUAGUGAUUCAGGGUUCGACCUUUAAAGUUUAAGUGAUCCCUAGAGGGGAAUUUUUUUUUUAAUAUGAAAGUUGAAACCGUAAUUGACAAAACUUGAUAGAUUAACCCUCUAUUGAUCAUUUUUCUAACUAAAAGCCCUAGAGUGACCACUUUUGUAAUUUCAAGUGUCAGGGGGUCCUUAGAGUGAACCCUACGAGAUCCCCUAGGGUCACCCCAGCGCUCCAAAGUCGAUUCGAGACCAUUUAGGUCCAAUUUUGAACAUUUUUUCGACAAAAAGGCAAGACAAUGAUGAAUGAACUAUGAAAAUCAACACGUUAAUUGGGACUUUUUUCCAGAAUCGCGGUACAAGCCGUUCGGAGUGCACCUGUGCUAG